AGCUUUUGUCCCUUUUUUCAGUGCUGACAUUAUUAUCAACAAGAAACGAUGGCAACAGACGGGGAACAAAAUGRUCAGGCAGAUAACCUUGAACACCGCAAACCUGACGAACAAAGCGAACCUCCAAGUUUGCAGAGUUUAACAUUGGCAUCAUCCCAAUCUAGUAACGACAGCCAGGUACAAGCCAUAACCAAAGAACAAGUGUAUUUUAGUCAUAUGUACGACGGGGAUUGUUCUGUWGUUCAAGAGUUGGCGUUGAGACUUGAUAAGAAGGAUAUGACCAUGAAGGAUGUUACAUCAUUGGCAGAUAUCCUUGAAGCUCCCGAAAUCAUUAAAUCAAAAUGCAGAUCAAACUACAACCACAGCCCUUCAUCGGACCUCAUUAAUUUGCCUGAAGUUUCAAYRAGWAMAAUGAAGGAUUUUGUUGCCAAACUGGGAAACAUUGAAAGGAAAGAUGUAAUUGMUAUAAUAAAUGCAGCARAAAUUCCAGGUGAAUUGAUCAGUUAAUCUUUCAGAACACGGAAUGAUGAUUAUAGUUUAUCUUCACAGAUUUSAAAAUGCCGCUGCUAGUUGACGCAAAAUGAGCAAAUUUAUCAUUAUCUCAGUAGUGGUAUCUUGAUUCACAAUUUUACUCUAAUAAAUGUCCAUGUUAAACUUAAGUGCCAAUUAGCCACCCUUAAAGAUUCUGGUCUGAAGUUAGUGAUGUUGCAUUCUGUUUUUCGUUAUCUUAAAGAGACUGCACAAGUUGAAAUUCUGCUGCUGAAAUAUCAYRAAGUCUUWGARCGUCUUACAAGCAUGCUUGAUCAGCCUGGUACUUUMAACUGGAAGCGUCUUGGCAGAGAGUACAAAAUCGAUUCCACGCAGUUAGAUAUUUUAGAAAAGGGAAUAAACUCGGCUGAGCGCUUCUUGAUUGAGUAUGCAUACAAAGCAGUACCAAGCGAAGAUCUAAAGUUAAGUACCCUUGUCUUGCACAUGUCGGCACUUGGAAGAAAAAAGGAAAUAGAAGACCUUUUGGAGAACAUCAAAGCGAAUGACCAUUCCCAAUCAAUGAAGAAAGUUUUCGCACCAAACACGGACAACAUGGAGGAACUUUGUAAACUUCUUAACAAAGGCACCAAAGGUUGGCAGCAUUUGGCAGAAAAGUGGAAUUUAGAUUGUGCGAGGUAUUAUUGGUUCAUCGCUGACACGAAUGCCAGCGCAACAGAGAUCUUGUUGGAAUGGCUUAUGAUUAAGAAACCGGAGUUUACAGUUGCUCAGCUCGACAAAAGUUUGCAAGAUAUUGGAAGACAAGAUGCCCGUGACAUUUUGGACGAAAAAUUUAAAGAAUGCAUUGCAAAACUCCUCUUGUAGACUAAAAAGAUUGCAUGGAAAUAGGAAAAUAGUUUUGAUUAUUAUUGCACAAUCACAUUACACGCGUCUAAUUAAGGUGUUUAGAUCGUAAUAAAUAGCGUUUCGCGCGUAUUUUUAAACUCCAAUUACGUCGCAAAUUUCGAUUCAAUUGCACUCAAAUUUUCACAGAAGUAACAGUGAUUAUCGAUAAUUCU